UUCUCCAAAAAUUCCAGAGAAAGCGCAAACCCUGAAAACAAAACAAAAAUGGCGGGCACUCUAGCUCUGCUACCUAGCAAUCCUCAGGUGACGUCAUCGUCUCUGUGCUCCGUCCGAGAGCGCUGGGAGGUCGACUUCUCUCGCUUCUUCGGCUACCCUCCGCUCACCUCCACGUGUCCGGAUCUCGUCCCUCUGCCUAUGAAGGUCAGGAAUCGACGCCCCGGUGGUACCUGGAUCUCUGCCACCUCCGCCGCCAUGCUUCAGCUCAUCUCCGAUCACGCCAGCUCCGACGUCAUCCUCACUGUCUGCUGCAGCGGAAAGAUCCAGGAGGAGCACUAUGUGUCGAAGCUACUCUUUGCCUGGCCUCAAGUUGCAUGCAUGUCUGGAUUUCCUGCCAGGGGGAGUAGAUCCGUUUUGGCCAGCUACAGAGAUUCUUUGGGCCAGAUUCAGAAAUUUGCGUUUCGGUUUUUGUCAGCUAAUGAAGCAGAGAAGUUCAUGAAACUUAUGAAGGAGAUUCUCAAGGAAGGGAGGGAUAUUCAACCUCUUACUACUGACUAUGGAUCUGAAAUUUCAUCACAUUCUGAGUUCAUGUCUUCUAAUAGACCUUUGCACGGAACUUCCAAGGACUUGGUUGUCAUGACUCCUGGUCACACUCAUUCUCCUCAAAUCUCACCAAGCUUAAUGAAGGCUCAUACUCCUCAAACGUCACCAAGCUUGAUGAAUGAUUAUACACCUCAAUUGUCACCAAGAUGGAAUACUGAAGCAGUUCAACACAGACAGACUCAGCAAAUGUCACCUAUUCAGAACUUUCAGAGCAACUUUGCUGCCUUUCCUCCUAGUUUCAGCUCAUUAGUGUCCAACUGUCAACCUGUGGUUGAACAAGCUCCAGUCCAGUCAACUGCAUCAAAGAAAGUCGAUAUGAAGGCCUUAAUUGCGAGAUGUAUGGAGGACACUUCCUUUCAAGGUAAUUUACUGUUUGAUAUCUCACGGCAUGCACACCUUCAAAAUUCAUGUUCAAGUUUAAUUGUUGCCAAGUCUUGAUUCUAACCUAUCUUUGAUGUGAUGUAAGUGUAUAUGGUACGGAUAAAAUUUAACAGUAACAACUUGAAGAACAUUAGGUUCAGAAGCCGCUAAUGUACAUGGUAAAAGUAGUUCAAGUUCCACUACUGCUUAUAAUGCUAAUUUGUUUCUACUUCUUUCUUUCUUCUCUCCAGAUAUAUUGAACCAAGUCGAGAUAGUUAUGAGCGAAAUGGGGGCAGAUUUGAGGCUGUAGUUAUCUGUACCUGAAUUAUCUAUGGCAGUCAACAGCAUUCCUAUUGUUCCAACCUCACAGCCAUGAGCUAGUUUAGCAACCUACGUCCCAUAACUUGUUCAUCCUGAAUUGUUCCCCAUCUCUCUUAUUUCGUACAUGUUAUAGUUAAAUCCUUAUAUUAGGGUAUCAUAGCCAAGCAGACUCCUGGCGUUUAAUAGCUCUGUCAGUUAA